AUGCAGUUCUUCACCAUCAUCGCUCUCCUGGUGCCUUUGGCCCUCGCAGAGACCUGGAACCUUUCCGGCACCUGCUCCAACGACCUCACGUGCGAGAUCGACGACCAGUACACCAGCCCUACACUGGUCUGCGGUAACCAGAACGGACAUUUCUCUGGCGACGGCAACGCAGGAAAGACGGGCUGCGUCCCUGCUGACACCAAGUGCACAUACGUCUGGACCUGCUAG